CGUUCCGGGAAGGGGAAGACUUUUCUCGACAUAAUUUAAGUUAUGAAGAUUGAGGAAAGGAAAACAUAUAGUGGCUGAGGUCCGACAGCUGCGCAACUCGUCGGAGGCUGACGGCAGGUAUAAGAAGAAAAUGCAUUGAUGACUGGAUCCCGCAACAAACCCUGUCGAAUAAUGAUCAGCGAAAUUGUCAUAGUGCGCCAUCCUGUUUCUGUGUGUGUACCUGUGAACCACAGGGUGACACUGAGCGUCCGGGCUGAGGGAACAGACACCCUUCACUACCAGUGGUUCACUGAUGAUGAGCAGGUGCCUGGAGGCACUGAAGCAGACUUGACCAUCACAGCUAUAAAAACCCAGCUCUACGUGUGCCGAGUGAAUGACCACUUUUGUAACUGCGUCUUCAGUGACUGGGUGAAAGUGAAGGUGUUAGACAUUGAUAAAUCAGGUUUGCCAGUACACUGGCAGGGUGAGCCACACAUCGCUGUUAACCCUAAACCCCAGACGGUACGACAUGGUAGCAAGCUCACUCUCCGCUGCGUUGCCUUUGGCAUGCCCACUCCACACUAUCAGUGGUACAGAAAUGGACAGCAGCUGCUGGAGACUAGUGGUACGCUGCAGAUUGAGCGUGCAACAGCCGAGCACGCAGGAUCAUACCUGUGCUGCAUAUCUAACGUGCUUCAAGAGACAUGGACUGAGCCAGUUGAUGUUGACAUUGUACAAACGGAUCAGCUUCCUCCUGCUGUGCCCACAGCCACUGAUAAAGUUGCCCUACUUAUCGGCAACCUAAAUUACACCCACCACCCUGACUUGAUGGCCCCGAUCAUGGAUGUACAUGAGCUGGCCAACCUUCUGCAGCAGCUUGGCUUCAGGGUGGUUUCCCUGCUGGAUCUCACCAGGGAGGAGAUGCUGGCUGCUAUCGACAAGUUCAUUCAGCUCCUUGACAGAGGAGUUUAUGGCCUUUUCUACUAUGCGGGUCAUGGAUAUGAGCGUGCUGGGAGGAAUUACUUGGUAGCUGUUGACGCUCCACAACCGUACCGAACUGAAAACUGUGUCUGUGUGCAGAGGGUCAUGCUCAGCAUGCAGCAAAGACGGACGGCACUGAGUGUGAUCCUUCUGGAUACCUGUAGAAAAUGGUACAACCAGGAUAGCAUACCUUCAGGCAUCAUGCCACUGGGACCCAGUGGGAACACUGUUUAUGGUUAUGCCACAUGUGAAGAUGCUGAGGCGUUUGAGGUCCAGGAUGGGGGCAAAAGUACUGGAAUCUUCACUAAGUACUUGAACGCUCACAUCCUACAGACGGACAAAGUCACACACGUCUUAGAGCAGGUGUCUGAGGAUCUAGGCAAAGACCCUCUCAUCACAGGCAAGCAGCAGGUGGAGAUCAAACACACCCUGAAGGAACCACGAUCCCUCGCUGAUCCGGUUUGGACCACUGGCCACACAAGGGAGCUACACCUGCGUGAUGCCUGCUGGAGACAAGCAAAUGAGUUACCACGGAGGAAGCGGCUGCUAUUUGUUUGCGGAGUAGAAGUGGAAGUGAGCUUCUCAGCCCUGUUCUCUAACGUCUUGGUGGCUUUUGCCACCAUAAAGACGACAGGCCCCAGAACCCAGGACUGCACUGUCACCCUGAGCAGCAUACCUCCAAUGGAAGACAUAUUUUCCGGCCCUGGCAGGUCAGAGGAUAUGGACUCUCUACUAUUUAGGAAUUCUGAAAACCAAGACUCAACUCUGCGGCUUUGUGCUCUUCAAAAGCUCACGGAGUCACUGGUCAUCAAGGUGGAUCUACACUAUACUCACACGGACAGUAAGCUGCGCCAGACAGAGAGCCAACAGGUGGACAUAGGAAAGCCUCUGGUGGCAUCCUGUAAAUUGCACAGGAGGAAUCAUGCAACGACAGCCAAGAAACAAGAAGGUGCUUCUGCUCAAAGUAUGGGCAACAUACCACGCAGCAAACCAUGGCUGCGUCAGACUCAGGCUGGUCCAUGUGGCCCUUUCACCAGGAAGGCAGAGUGUGGCCCCAAAGUUGCGGUCACAAGGAGCAACGAACCUGAAGAGAAUGAUGAAAAUGAACUGCAAGACUUCAGUCUUCGCCAUUAGCCCUUUCUGGUCCUGUUGUAAAUACUACUUUGAUGCUUUUUAAUGAUGUGAGCGGGAAUUACUCACUAGCUGAUUAUGCAUCUUACUUGUCUGGUUGAUUGGUGGUGAUAGAUAAAUGAGUGAGUGACUGAAUGAAUGAAUGACAGACAGAGGUUUGUGUUUGGGUGGUGUUUCCAGCCUUCAAUUCUUAGCUCAACACUGAAGAGACAUUAACACUCACUUUUGCCAACCACUGAUGUAAUCAUAAAUUGUAUAAUACUUAAAAAUGUAUCACUUUUUUCCUCAGUGGCAAGCUGGCUAGCCUAAUUUAUCACAUUAAGACCUUUACUGUUUAGAAUUUAUCUAAUAAAAACCACUACUUUCAUCAUUA